AUGAAUUCAAAUCUCUUACCCGUUGUUGCUGCAGUCAUCCUUCAAAUCAUGUCCAUAAUCGCCAAAUACGCUCUUGAUUCUGGUCUGAGUCCUAGGAUCUUCGUGGCCGAGCGAUUGGCCAUUGCCUCUUUGAUUUUAACACCUCUUGCUCUCAUAUUUGAAAGGAAUACCAGACCUCCUAUGACUGUCAAAGUUUUCGCUCAGAUCCUUACCAUGAGCAUGUUUGAGCCACUUCUGGAGCAAAACCUGUACUAUUCAGGAAUGCAGUACACUACGCCAACUUUCACUUCUGGGAUGUUUAACUUACUCCCAGCCAUAACAUUUGCGAUGGCCUGCGUAUUCAGGUUUGAGAAAGUGGCUAUUCACUGUCACCGUGGAAGAGCGAAGCUGCUUGGAACCUGUGUCGCCGUUGGAGGAGCAAUGAUCAUGACAUUUUGGAGAGGUCAUGCGAUUCCGUUACCGUGGACAAGCGAGGACUCUGAAAAGAUUCAUACCUAUGAGAAGUUCGCGAAGGACUACGUCAAAGGAGGAUUGAUGCUAGUUUCCAGCUGCCUAAGCUGGUCAUUUUAUAUGAUGAUUCAGGCCAAUGUAGUAGCUUCAUACCAGGCGAAGCUGUCACUGACCGCUCUCAUCUGCAUAAUGGGGACAAUUGGAUCUACCUUCACAGCUUGUAUAUGGGAGAGAAACACUCCCAAAGCCUGGAAGAUCCGUCCUGACGUGGCACUAUUGGCGUCACUAUACGGGGGUUGUUUCUCGGCAGCAACUGUGUACCUACUUAGCUGGAUGGUCAAGAAGAAGGGGCCAGUUUUUGUGAGCAUUUUCAACCCGCUGAACUUGAUUGCCACAGCAGUCAUCAGUUCAGUGGUUCUCUCCGAACAACUGUUUGUCGGGAGGAUCAUUGGUUCCUUCGUCAUCAUCCUCGGCAUCUCAUCUGUGCUUUGGGGAAAGAUGGGAGAGCAAUCGCCACUGCCACAACCACCACCACCGCAGCCCGAGGAAACAACUCAAGUUUGUAAGAAGAAGCUGACGGGUUGGUAUGCUAAGAAUCUAUCUCAAGGAGGAAAAGAGGUUCUUCUCAAAUCUUGUGCUAUGGAAAUGCCAGUUUUUGCUAUGUCUUGUUUCAAGCUUCCAGUGGAGUUAUGUAAGAACUUGACAAGCGCAAUGAUGGAUUUUUGGUGGAGCUCUGAGAUUUUUCGAAAGAAGAUUCACUGGGUAGGUUGGGAGAAAUUGACAUUACCAAAGUCUUUAGGAGGAAUUGGUUUCAAAGAACUCAUGUCUUUGCUAGGUAUUUUGCAAAUGGAGAUUUUCUACAAGCUACAGAUGGUACUAGACCGUCAUAUGGCUGGAGAAUGGAGUUUAUGCAAAGCUUAUAAUGGAGAAACAUGA